UCUUGGGCGCAGGGUAAGCGAAUAAGAGUUUCAAUUUUCAAGAGCGGGCAUUGUUGUGACAGUUAAGGUUAGUCAAUAACGAAAUCGAGUUUCGGAUGUCAAUGUUAUUUAUCCUUAUUUAAUUAUAAAGCUAGUUUCUCUGGAGACUUGCUGUUACAAAGAUCUUGCCACGCUGCGUCUCGGUGUUUUAAACACAGGCAGUGCAGCGCAAAUGGCUUCAAAAAUUCCGGUGCACGUGGACAACCGCAGUGCAAACGCUGCAAAUCCAGAAGCUGCCGUUCAAGCUUCAAAACAAAGGAAAAUUCAAAACGUUCUUUCAAGGAAAAAGCCUGCCAUGAGGGUCCCCAAAGGCUGUGAUGCAGAGCUGCAUGAACAGAAUCUUGCUUUGCAAGCCAGUAAUGAAGAGCUUACAAGAAACUUCUCUCAGUCGAAGGAGCAGGUGAUCCAUUUAGAAGGGCAGUGCACAGCCCUUCAGCAGGAGAACAUGGAAAUCCGGAAGCAGCUUGAUAGCUGCUGUCUGCUGCUGCUUGCUGGGAAUGUUGAUCCAGUUUUGGGUCAGAGAGUAGCAGAAAUAACGAAACAGAAUGAAGACCAGCAGAAGGAUGUCAUGAAUGCUGCAGCGGAUCUGCUUGGAGAGCUGAAGACUUUUGGGGAAAUGGCCUUGGGACACAGACAGCAGCUGCAGGUGCAGGAGACAAUGAGGGUGCUUAAGAGCAGCCAAGAGCAGCACUGUGAGGAGAGGAAGGGCUUUUCUCUGGAAGUGGAGGAGAUGGAGAGGGCCCUGGACGAUGCUGAAGCUCUCCUGCAGGACAUAUAACAGCCAGAUUGUAUCUUUGCUUAAUCUGUAAGCUUCAGAGCAGCAUACCUACUAUGCUGUGCUAUGUUGUACCAUGAUUCAAAGCCAGUCUUUCAGUAUUCUUGCAAAAUACUGUACUCCUUGGUUUGGAAUUGUACAGUUUUGCCUCUUCCUCAUAAAUUUUUUAAAAAUGUUAUUGAUAUAAUAAACUCUUAUUUAUGCUCUGCA